UUCAAUCGUGUUCGAAUUCAAAAAUCAUUUAAAAUAAAAAAUAAAAAACAGUGUUUUAUACAAGUGAAUGUGAGUUCUAUUGUGUUGGUAUUAAGAUCGUAAGUGGUAUAUCAGUGUGUGGUAUAAUGUGUUGGGAAUAUGGAUGAGGUGCAGAUACACAAGACCUGCGUGAGGGUUAACUCCGCUGAGGAUGAGGAAUCUAGAGACGAAGUGGAUCAUGACCUACCAAAGAAGAACCCAUUUAUACGGGGCUCUGACCCUCGCGUGGCGACGUGCCGCGGCCGGCUGCAGACGCGCCGCUGUCAACUCAACCAGGAGAUCAACAAGGAGCUGAGACUACGCGCAGGCGCUGAAAAUCUUUUCAAGGCAACGACGAACCGCAAACUGCGGGAGACGGUGGCGCUGGAGCUGAGCUUCGUCAACUCCAACCUACAGCUGCUGAAGGAGCAACUCGCAGAGCUCAACUCCUCGGUGGAACUAUACCAGAACGAUAGCAAAGAAUGCCUGAUGCCGAUGAUCCCGCUGGGUCUGAAAGAGACGAAGGAGGUGGACUUCCGUGAGCCAUUCAAAGACUUCAUCCUGGAGCACUACAGCGAAGACGCUGCUGCUUACGAGGACGCCAUCUCUGACUUUAUGGACAUGAGACAGGCGAUGCGAACCCCAGUCCGUUCUACAGUGGGUGUGGCGUUAUUGUUCAAGUAUUACAACCAGCUAUAUUUCAUUGAACGACGCUUCUUUCCACCAGACCGCUCCCUGGGCGUAUACUUCGAGUGGUUCGACUCUUUAACAGGUGUACCAUCAUGUCAGCGCACUGUAGCUUUUGAAAAGGCCUGCGUGCUCUUCAACAUGGCUGGUAUAUAUACACAGAUAGGUGCUAAACAGGAACGUACGACAUGUUCUGGUCUUGAUGGUGCAGUGGAUGCGCUGCUGCGAGCUGCUGGUGCACUCCGCUAUAUACAUGAGAACUUUACCAAUGCACCUUCAGUAGACCUCGCUGCGGACACCUUGCUCGUACUCGGCACACUUAUGACGGCGCAAGCUCGCGAGUGUCUGUUCGAGAAGCUGCAGCUGCAGGCGCGGGAGGCGCGCGGCGAGGCGCUGCCUGCAGACCUCGACAUGUGUCUAGACCUAGCACAGGAGAGUGCUCAGCUCGCACACGUCUACAAACAGCUAUACGAUAAAAUGCAGACUGAAGGUGUAUUCAAUUAUGUGCCAUAUUCGUGGGUCUCACUUGUCCACGUAAAGACUGAGUUCUACAAAGCAUUGGCGCAUCAGUACUGCGGCGUAGCGCUGCUGCAGUCUCCAGGACCACGAGCUGCAGACCGCCUCGCACAGCUACACGCGCCUGAUCGCACACAGGGGUCCAAUAAUAGCGUAUCCGAGGUAGAACCAAUAGCGCUGGGUCGCGCACAUCUUGCAGAAGCACUAGCACUAUACGAAGAAGCUUUGCGGCUACAGAGGAUGUGCAGAGAGCUCCGUGGCAAGGAGGCGCUGUCUCGUUGUGUGACGGCGCAGCGCGAGCGAGCGGCGCGGGCGCGGGGAGGCCGAGAGGAGCCCGACUUCGCUGACAUUAUAGACGCGCCCGCCAUAUUGCCUGCAUCUAAAUUUGAACUAGCAUUAACACCACCUGACUUCGCUCAACAUCGCGUUGAAGAUUUAUUCAAAUCCCUGGGACCCAUCGCAGUCUUUUCCGCGAAACGACACUGGAGCGCUCCCCGUCUCAUCCAACUUCAGAAGAACACGGAGAAGAGAAGAGAAGCACGACGGGACAGAAGAAACGGCAAGGAAGAAGACAAACUAAGAAGACGACCGAGCGACAAGCGAGACCAUUCCGAAGAUAACAGCACAUACUACAACCAAAUAAGAGACGAGAAGAUUCUAGAUGAAAAGAGAGUUACGAAACAAAAUGGCGUCUAUAUAAACAGUUAUAAUAAUAAUAACUACGACUAUCAUCAUAAAGUUAUCGAAUACGAUCGAUACGAUUAUGAGAUGGAGAAGGAAUCCAAGUUGAAGAACGGAAGAGAAAGAGAACGGAAGGAGUUGAGAAGAGUGGCGAGUGAAUAUAACAUGGCCAAUAACAAAGAUGAGGAAGGUUUCGGGUUUACAGUGAGAGGAGACGCGCCUGUGGUUAUCGCCGCAGUUGAACCUAACUCAUUGGCUGAUAUUGGUGGCAUGCGUGAAGGUGACUUCAUAAUAUCGAUCGGGGAGACAGACGUGAAGUGGAGCUCACACGGCGAGGUGGUGCGCCUCAUACAGCAGGCGGGACCCGCGCUCACACUGCGCCUCGCCACACCCAUGGACACCUGCCACAAGCCGAGGGUCCGUGGUAACGAGGUGGGGGGUCAGCGCGGGUCACAGCAGGGCUCCGUGUCGGGCGCGUCCAGCGCCUCUAGCGGCUCCACGGCGACUUCUGGACGAACCCCGCGCUCCCACUCCCCGCGCAGCCCGCGCCGAGCUCCCUCCUGGAACCCCUUCCGCCGCGCCGCCGCCACGCUCUCACACAACCAUAUCAACCUCACGCACAGAUAAUGUGCACCGUACGUCGGUAAAACAGUCUAGCAACGUCGGUAAAACAGUUCGACACCGUCGGUAAAACAGUUCUACACCGUCGGUAAAACAGUUUCAAAUUACGUUUCCCUCCCAGUCAUACAGAUGAAUGUCGGUAAAACAGGAUAUCUCCAUC